AUGGUAGAACCGCCUAAGAAACAACCACCUGUGGUUGCAGAAAAAACCAUGGACGGUGGGGCAGAUUUGGAACCCGGAGAGCCCGGCGAUGCUGCCGCUUUUUCCUACACUGAACAGUCAAUCCGUAAAGCUUUCGUUAGGAAGGUGUACGCAAUUUUAAUGCUGCAGCUUGUCAUCACGUUGACAGCCAUAUUUCUCUUUGUUUACGAACCAAACAUCAACUCUUACUUCCGUAAAAGUCCUGAAAAUUGGUUGAUUGCGGUUGUCAUCGCUUGGUGUUUGGGCUUAGCCCUUUCAAUCGUUCUGGUGUGUUGCAGCCGCAUCCGACGACGCUGGCCAGUGAAUAUGAUUUUACUGGUACGACUUUUCACCAUUUGUGAAGGCAUUGUGAUUGGAGCUAUGUCGUCCACCAAGAGAUCGGAAGAUGUGAUAAUUGCCGUUUACAUAUGCAUGGCUGUUUGUCUCGCGCUCACCAAUUUUGCUAUGCAGACGGAAUGGGAUUUUACGAAUUGUGGAAGAAUCCUCAUUACCGGUUUGAUCGUCCUAGUUAUUUUCGGAAUCGUUGCCGUCUACAUCCCCGGGAAGGUAUACGAUCUCGUUGAAGCCUCAAUGGGCGCGAUAUUGUUCAGCGUUUAUCUAGUCUACAACACCCAAAUGGCGUUCGGUGGUAAACAAUUGGCAACUUCCCCUGAAGAGUACGUUUUGGCAGCCAACAGUAUCUAUGUGGACAUUCUUAACAUCUACAUCUUCAUUGUAGAUUUAGUGCGACUCUCAAACAUCUAA